AUGAGCUACUCCAAACUAAGCGUAAGGGAUGAUCCUGAUAAACUUCGUGAGAAAAGGGAGGACCGAAAUCGUAAAAAGAGAGAAAAAUUUGCUGCUCUAUCUGUCGAAGAGAAAGAAGCUCAGCGGAAAAAGAGCAGAGAAGCUUAUCACAGGAAAAAAUUGGAAAAAAUAGUUUCCAAGUCCUUGCCACAACAAUUUGAAGAGGCUUGUAAAUCACCAGCUUCUGCAUCUGUUAUACGUAGCCUUCCUACUCAACAAUCUUCUCAUGGUUUCAAUGAUAAACUCAACCGACCCAUUGCUUCUCAAAUUUCCAAACACAACAACAAUGUUCAUGGAAUUAUUGGUUGUAAUCAAGGUGCCUCAAAAGCUGGUAUUCGAAUUUCUCCCUCUUCAAACAACAAUACUCAAUUAUCUUGUGCUGAGUUGGGUAAAAAAUUAAAGCAACAGAUUUCUUCAUUCUCAACCUAUGAGAAAGGAUCUACUUCUAACUGUGCUACACAACAUACAUGUGUACCUACUGACAUGAUACAAAAUGCAGAUAAAUCAUUCAUAUGCAUGAACUGCUACAAAUUCUUGACAGAAAUAGCUCAAGAAACUUCAGAUUUGUCAGCUAUCCUCCCAACAUACCAGGUGUAUGAAGUUCCUCAUAAUCGUUCUGCUAGAAGAAGGAGAAAUGCAGGGAGAAGCCAUUCAUCAGCCAAACAAGUGAAAGCUGUUAAUAACAAAAAGAACAAAAACAGAGGUAACCAACCUAUUGAUGGAGUUCAUGCACUCCAAUUUAUUACUGGUCAAGCAGAUAGAUUACCUUCAAAAGCUGAUUGCCAAUACUGCGGAGCAAAAAAACUGUACUCUGAGACACCUAAUUUCUGUUGCUCUGAUGGACAAGUAGUUCUACAUGAAAAUAAAUUACCAGAUAUUCUUGUGGAAUUGUUCACUGGUCACUCUGAUGAAGCUUUAUCCUUCCGCACAUAUGUUAGAACAUAUAAUAAUAUGUUUGCGUUUACCUCUUUUGGUGUCCACUAUGAUAAAUCGCUUUGCAAGAGAACAAAUGGCAUUUAUACUUUCAAAGUUCAAGGCCAAACCUAUCACUUUAUCAAAGACCUUAUUCCACAUGGAGGAUCUGGAUUAUAUCUACAACUGUAUUUUCAUGAUACAGAUCAUGAGCUUGAAAACAGAAUGGCAGUUUCAGAAAGAUUAACAGAGACUAUAGUAAUGAAGAUCAUGGAAGUCAUGAAGUCUAAUCCAUAUGCAUGUUUUCUCCGCAGUCUAAGAAAUGUUCCAAAUUUAGAUUCAUAUCAGAUAGUCCUGAAAUCACAUUCACAAAAUGAUCAGCGAGUGUUCAAUCACCCAACAGCUUCUCAGGUUGCAGCUCUUUGGACAGAAACAGAAAGUUCAGGAACAAGUUAUGGAAGACACAUUCAAAUUUAUACAAAAGAAGGAAGGGAUCACCUCGUGCAGUACUACUAUGGCUGUUAUGAUCCUCUGCAGUAUCCACUAUUAUUUGCACUUGGUGAAACAGGCUGGCAUUCUGGGAUCAGAAGAUUUGUCAGAGAAAAUCCGAAAAAGAGAAAAAGAUGUAUUCAGAGGAACAAAUCUACUGCUCUACUGACCAAUUACAAAUCUGCUGAAGAUAUUAUAUCUGCUGAACAACAAGUCUCCAAUGAUGCUGAAAACAACGGUGAAUUUGUCUCAAUGCGAGAAUAUUAUGCUUACAAAUUGCAGAUGAGGGACAAAUAUUGCCCGAACAUACUUAACACUGGUAGAUUACUUCAGCAAUAUGUUGUGGAUAUGUACAUCAAAAUUGAAAGUCAGAGAUUGGAUUACUAUAAGAGCAAACAAGAAUUUAUAAGAAGAGAGCAGCUACAAGGCGUAAUGGACAGCGUUAUAACAGGUCAAUGCCAAGCUUCAAAAAUAGGCCAGCGAGUGGUGCUUCCAGCUUCAUUCAUAGGAGGCCCUCGUGACAUGAAAAGGAGAUAUGUUGAUGCUAUGGCUUUGGUGCAAAAAUUUGGGAAACCAGAUUUGUUCAUUACAAUGACUUGCAAUCCUUCAUGGCCAGAAGUAAAAAAUCUCAUGCUUCCAACAGAUGAAGCACAUAACAGGCCGGACUUGCUCAGUCGAAUCUUCCAUGCAAAACUUGAUGUUUUAAAACAGGAGUUAUUCAAGAAAGAAAUAUUUGGAUCAGUUGCUGCUUAUACCUAUGUCAUAGAGUUCCAGAAACGCGGUCUACCUCAUGCUCAUUUCCUCAUAAUUUUGAAACCAUCUUCAAAACUUUACUCCACAGAUUCUUAUGACAAGAUAGUUAGUGCAGAGAUUCCAGAUCAAAGCAAAAAUCCACAUCUUUUCAACAUGGUUCGUAGACACAUGAUUCAUGGCCCCUGUGGAAAAAGAAAUCCAACCAAUGUUUGUAUGCAAGGAGAACAUCAGAGAAAAUGCAAGAACAAUUAUCCAAAGCCAUUUGCUGAUAAAACUUUUCAUGGAGAUAAUGCAUAUCCUACUUAUCAAAGAAGAAACAAUGGAUACAAAAUGAUGGUCCGUGGACAUGAGGUUGAUAACAGAUGGGUUGUUCCAUACAGUCCUUACCUUCUUGCAAAAUUCAACUGUCAUCUGAACGUUGAAAUCUGCUCUACAGUCAAGGCAGUCAAGUACAUAUACAAGUACAUCUACAAAGAUCAUGACAAGAUUCAUUUCCAACUCAGUUCACAAAAUUCUGAUGGACCAAAUUCUGAUGCUUAUGUCUCUGCAAUUGAUGAAAUCAAAGAUUAUCAGUCAGCUAGGUGGGUAUGCGCUGUCGAAGGUAUAUGGAGGAUAUACAGAUUUCUGCUAUUUCAAAUACAUCCUGCUGUUAUUCACUUGCAGCUUCACUUAGAAAAUUGUCAACCAUUGAAUUUUAGAGAAGACCAAGAUCUCCGUGAUGUAGUAAGAAAUAGAUUUGCUAAGAGAACCAUGUUGACAGAAUUUUUCUACACGAAUUCUGUUGAUCCUCUAGCUCAGAACCUCAAAUGUACCUACAAACAUUUCCCUGAGCACUUUGUUUGGUACCCAGGAAGGAGAAAAUGGGAGCCAAGGAAACAGAAAGACUGUAUAGGUAGGAUAGUAGCAGCCAACCCAAUGGAAGGAGAACGAUACUUUCUCAGAUUGCUCCUUACACAUGUCGAAAGUCCAACUUCAUUCGAUCACUUGAAAACAAUAAAUGGAGUAUAUGUACAUACAUUUCGUGAGGCAGCAAUUCUCAGGGGUUACUUUGAGUCUGAUAAGCCCCAACAACAGUGCCUUGAAGAAGCUACUGUCUAUCACAUGCCAUAUAGUUUGAGAAGAUUAUUUGCCACACUACUUGUUCAUUUUCCUCCUUCAAAUCCCAGAUAUCUUUGGGAACAAUUUCAAGAGCCAUUAUCUGAAGAUAUCAGCAGAACUCCACAAAUAUCAGUUGAUCAAAUCCGCUUCCAGGUAUUGUACCAAAUAAAUGAGUUCCUACAAUCAAUGGGAAAAGACAUCAAUCAGUAUGCUUUAGUUCCAAAUACCAUGAAUUUUGAUAACUUGAACAAUAACACUCAUGAUAUGAUAGCUGAAACAAGAAUCUCUGUACCAGAGCAUGAUCUAUUAGCAAUUGAGCAACUAAAUGCUGAUCAGAAAAAAGUUUUUGAUAUUAUCAUGCAUGCAGCUUUUGUUGAGAAAAAAGGAGCCUUCUUCAUUGAUGGACCAGGUGGAACGGGAAAAACAUUCCUCUAUCGAGCACUACUAGCAGAAAUUAGGUCAAAAGGAUACAUAGCUCUUGCCACAGCAUCCUGUGGAGUUGCGGCAUCGAUUCUGCCAGGUGGAAGGACAGCUCACUCAAGAUUCAAGAUACCAAUUGGUGGAACACAAGAUAAGCAAUGCAAAAUUAGUAAACAAAGUUCAUUAGCAAAACUGCUACAGUCUGCAAUUCUGAUAAUCUGGGAUGAAGCUCCAAUGACACAUAAGACUUCAAUAGAGAGUGUUGACAGGAUUCUGAGGGACAUAAUGGACUGCAAUGAUUUGUUUGGAUCAAAGGUUAUUAUUUUUGGAGGGAAUUUUCGUCAAGUCUUGCCAGUAGUCACAAAGGGAUCAAAAUCUGAAUUUAUUGAUACAAGCAUAGUCAACUCAUAUAUAUGGCCACGACUACAUAAGUUACAUCUCACUCAAAAUAUGAGAGCAAGAUAUGAUGCGCAGUUUACUGAAUAUCUACUUCGCGUCGGAAAUGGAACACAGCCACUUAUCUCCAAGAAUUCUAUCCAGAUACCUGUAUCAAUGCUGAUAAGAUACACCAAUGAAGAAGAAUCAAUGAAUGCACUCAUCCGGACAGUAUUCCCAGAUCUAAAUGCUUUUUCCCAGGACAAUUUCUCUGCAAUUAAUCGUGCUAUUUUGACAACAAAAAAUGACUUCGUCGAUGAAAUCAAUCAGAGGCUCAUUGUACACCUACAAGGAAAACUGCAAGAAUAUAUCAGCCGAGACAAGUGUAUAGAUAGCUCUGAGCAGACAAUCAUGGAAGAUUUGCUAAACAGUUUGACCCCAAAUGGUUUUCCCCCUCAUAAGCUGCUUCUGAAACCAUACUGCCCUAUCAUGUUACUCAGAAACAUUGAUCCACCUAAGGGAUUAUGUAACGGCACUAGACUAAUAUGCAAAUCAUUGAGCUCCAAUAUUAUACAUGCAGUCAUAACAUGUGGAGAAUUUGCUGGAAAAGAGGUCUUCAUUCACAGAAUUUGUUUCCGAGCAGAGAAUAAUUCAGAGUCACCAGUAUCAUUCGAACGAAUUCAGUUUCCUGUUCGACCCUGUUUUGCUAUGACAAUAAACAAAGCUCAAGGACAAACACUUGAUUUUGUUGGCAUAUAUUUGCGUGAGCCGGUUUUUUCACAUGGACAACUAUACGUAGCAAUGUCAAGAGCUAAGAAUAGUAGUUCUAUUAGAAUUCUGAUUAAACCAUCCAUAUUUGAUGAUCAAGAAGACUCAAUUACUGAAAAUAUAGAACAAAAAAAUAUGCUGUCAUUUGCUGAAAUAAUUCCUGGUCUACAAAACUGGACAACUAUGGUUCAGGUUCUAGACAAGCAGAAGCCAUUACUCUCAAAGGCAGGAAACAGAUACCAGAAGCUGAUAUUAAUUGAUCAGCAGGGGACAACGGUUGAAGCAAUGAUUUAUAAAUCAGACAUAGACUUUUUCCGAAACCAUUUCCAGCUCUACAAACGAUAUGUUCUCUGCAAUGCUAGAGUUGAGUACACACCAUCAGAGUAUUCCACUCGUCCAAAUCAGUGUACAUGGUACAUAGACAAUUCUACAGUUGUUCAAGCAGUAGAUGAAGUUGACCCACCUCAGAUUCCACCUGUCUUCAGAUUCUCACCCUUCAGAAGAUUCCACCAACAUAUCGAUGACAACACAGAUAUAGAUGUCCUAGGCAUUGUCGCUGAAGUCCAUCCUCGGAUAGAAAGGGCUACUACAGCUACUAGAGAAGUGGUACUUAUAGAUAAAAGCAUGAUGCCAGUUAUCCUGACACUUUGGGGCCAGCAUGAAACAGAUGAAGGCCAAACACUUGCAAAUAUAGUUGACACAAUGCCACUGAUUGUUGCACUUCGGAUCAAAGUAUCAUCAUAUCACACAUUGAACCUGUCAACAAAAUUUGGAUCAAGCAUUCUGCUUAACCCUCCAAUACAACAAGCUGCUGAUCUGAAACACUGGGCCGCUGAGAAUGAGGCACAAAUCAAAAAAUUGAUAGCAGAAAAAGCAUACCACAACCGAGUUAAGCUUCUACCACAGCCAAGGGAUGAUGAGCUGACCACUAUUCAAGACUUCCUCGCAUUUCCCACGAAAAAAGCUUACUGGUUGCGUGGUACUCCAAAAUUGCUAGACAAAAGCCAGCGAUUAUGGUAUAAUGCUUGUCCACAAUGCCAUAAAUCAUUCAGAGCAAAGCCUAUCUGGAAGAUUGUUUGCACCUCAUGCAACAAACAUGUGAACAUAGCUGCAAGGUGUCGAUUAACUGUAGAACUUGCUGAUUAUUCUGGAGUUUUAACGCUUGAUCUUUACGAUAACGAUGCUCUUCAGUUACUACCUUUCACACUUUCCCAGAUGCAAGAGUUAGAAAACAAGCAUGAACUCAACUAUGAAGUCAUUGAAGAAGCCAUUAACAACACUCUAAUAACAUGCUUUGUGAAGAAAAUGGUCAACAGCCAUGCAUCUGCCAGUACCGAAAAAUACUCUGCCAUCAUUUUGCACAAAAGCUCCCUAGCAGAGGUUAUAUCACAAGUUAGAUCGACCAUUCCCUAUUCAGAACCAAAUCCAGAACUUGGUUCCACUAGUACCAAUGAAAAUGUGCAGAGUACUACUGUCAAAGAAACAAAUGUGAAUUCCAGUUCCCUGUCUACGCUUAAAAUCACCGAGAGCCCAACUAAAAAGCAACGCAGCGACAAGUAUCAAAAGGAAGAUUGA